AAGAAAUAAUAUUAAAUAUUGAAAGAGAAAAUAAAAUAACACCUGGGACGUUGCACCCGUACGACAACAAUAUUAAAUAUCAAUCAUUUAAUAUCUAUUUUUCUAAAGAAUAAAAACACACGAAAAAAGAAAAAAAAAAGAAACGCCGUAUUGAUAUGUCCUGUGCGAUACACUCGACGCUAUAAGUGAUUAUUUGCGUGAUUGUGCGUGUGUGGGUGGGGUGUUGUUAUAGUUACUAUACUAUAUACUUUCCGCGUGUGGGUGGGUGUGUGUGAGAGAGAGAGACUUUUUACUGUGUGCCACUCUCGCUCCAUCGAGGGAAGGAAGAAGUAAUAAGAAAGAAAGAAGAAAAAAAAAGAAAAAAAGAAAAACUAAACACGCGUAUAACGUGCAAUAUUACACGCAUAUAACAAUACGUAUAUAUCGUAUAAAUAAACACACCGUGCACGAUAGUUCUCUCGUCAUACGAGCACGACAGUAAAAAGAAACAAAAUUUAAAAAAAUAACGAAAAUACCAACGAUAACGACAAAUCUCUGUGGCAGCGAUUUUUCGAAGGAUAUACACAAUAGUGAAAGAGUCAUAAGGAUAGUAAAAAGGAUCACCGCGAGAAAUCGUCUAAAGGAAAAUAUAGGGAGGCGGGAGGGAGAAGAAGAUAUAUAAAAAUCAGAAGAAAAAUCAUUAUAUUCUUUCCAGUAUAUAAAAAUAAGAAUCGAAGUUCCAUACAGACUGCUGCACAACUAUAUAUAAUUAUUAUUACUAAUAUUAUUAUUCGCAUGAUGGCUGUGAGAAUGGAAAACGCUGCGCCGAGGAAACUCAACUACAAAAUGAUGGGAACGAAUGGACCGAGGCCGACGUACGGCGGUGCGAAUAACGGAAGCGCGGGGAACGGGGGCGCCGGCGGUAUCGGGGUCGGCCCUGGUGGCGGUCACGGACUUAAGGGCGGGGCAGGCGGAGGCCCGAGGGGGGGAGGCAACCAGGUACAGUAUCGCGCGAGCGGUACGGCGGCGUGGGGCGCCGUUCCACCCCACGCGACGACACAGGCCUACCCGACUUACCCGAGAUAUCCGAACGCGGCGACCGCCGCCGCAGCCGCAGCUGCCCAAAUGCCGGGUAACGCGCAGCAGCUACCUCCGACAGCAACACCUUACACAACCUACUCGCCCCACGCGUCGUACGGAGGACAAAGAGUGCCGACUGCAUCGUCGCCUGCUAACACGAACAGCAGCUCGAGCAGCGCUACGGGUAGCCAAAGUGGAACAAUGAGUACCAGUCUUAGUAACAACGCUAUGCAAGGACAGCAGACGGAGCAGCUCUCAAAAACGAACCUGUAUAUCCGUGGCUUGAACCAAAAUACUACAGACAAGGAUCUUGUUAAUAUGUGUGCUCAGUAUGGAACUAUAACCUCUACAAAGGCGAUUCUGGAUAAAAAUACAAAUAAAUGUAAAGGUUAUGGCUUUGUAGACUUUGAGUCACCGCUGGCGGCAGACACUGCUGUGAAAGCACUGAUGGCCAAAGGCAUCCAAGCGCAGAUGGCGAAAGUGGGUAUCUGGUUGCUCCGUAGACUGGCCAGUGUACGUUGGUUGUGCAUGCAACAACAGGAGCAGGAUCCCACCAAUUUGUACAUAGCCAACCUGCCUCUCAACUUCAAGGAAAAUGAUGUCGAAUCUUUGCUUGCUCAGUACGGCCAGGUGAUUUCUACCCGUAUAUUACGCGAUCCAAACGGUCAGAGCAAAGGUGUUGGGUUUGCAAGAAUGGAGUCGAAAGAAAAGUGUGAACAAAUUAUUCAGAUGUUUAAUGGUAAAGCAUUACAAGGUGCAAAGGAUCCGCUGUUAGUGAAAUUUGCCGAUGGGGGCAACAAAAAGAAAUCCUUGUAUAAGAGUCCGAUAUGGAGGGAAUCUGGUGACAAUAUGACUUUGAAUUAUGACGCUAGCGGAGUUGGCCAGAAUGGUGUGGCAACGGCUCACAUGUUGCCUGCUGCGACAUUGGCUCAGUACGGUCGCCACUACGGCCAAGUUCCUGGUUACAGUGUUCCUGGAGGGCCUUGGGUCACUCCGUACAUUGUGCAAACAGCACCGCCGCACAUGCAACAGGUUGACAUGAUGCCAUCGGCCGAUCCAAGCAAUGCGCAGUAUAGCAUAAUGCCCCAGCUAACGACACAAAUGUCUACCAUGCAUUUAGGAACAGCUUCCUACAUAGCAGCGAGUCCUCACCCAUACCCGUACACACCGUACCCUGCACCUAGCAUUAUCCACACUAUGCCAAUGGGCGAUUCUGAGCAGACGAGCAACGCGGCAUCCCCGGACGACUCCUAUCAACAAUACCAGACUCAGCAGCCCAAAUACGACUAUGCCGAGGGUUACAUAAGUUAGAAGAGGUAUACCUGUUUAUGUGAGGGAUAUU